UGAUAUUUCGCACACACCCCAAGUCCGCACCGCACCCUGUUCGUUUGUAUAGUCAACACGAAGAAGAAACACAACGUCCAGUGCCAGUCUGCUCUGCUGCCAAGUCGGAAAUAAUAUUAUAUUCGGCUGGCAAAAUUACAUUGCGAGUUCUCAUGUUCAGUUAGACCGUCACACAUUUCAGUGUUUACCUUAUGAUCUAGCAAUAACCAAUCAUAAGAUCCUGGAUCGUUUUCAGCGGCAACCGCCCGGACUAUUCCGUAUAGAUCUUCUGUUAAAUUGCAGCGGCCAGUAUUUGCGCCAUGGCGUCACCUUUCCGCUACACACAUGCAAUCACUUGCAGAAUACCUCUCUCGUUGCGUACCCGUGGCGAAAUUGAUCUGGAGGAGGCAAAGCUGCAGCAUGAGGCCUACGUGCGAUUGCUACGUGACUUGGGCCUGGAUGUAUUGGAGCUUCCACCAGAUGAAAAUCUACCCGAGUGUCCCUUCGUAGAAGACUGUGCCGUGGUGUGUAAUGGGAUUGCUCUUAUCUGUCGGCCCGGGGAACCAAAUCGACUGAAAGAGGUCGAAGCUGUUCGUUCAGUGCUUCGCAAAGAACUGGAUCUUCCAUUAGCAGAAAUUGCCGACCAAACUGCACGGCUUGACGGUGGUGAUGUACUGUUCACCGGAAAGGAGUUCUUUGUGGGUCUUAGCAAGUGGACCAACGAAGCGGGAGCGCGGGCAGUCGCUUCCGCUUUUCCCGAAUAUCCCUGUGUUCCCAUUAAGGUAGAAGAAGUGAAUGCGACUGCAAGUCCCAUCACUUUGGAGCUAGUCAAUGGAGAGAUUCAGGUUACCGAACAUCGGCACCUCAAGUAUUACGUCUCGAUGGCCGGAACGGAUGUGCUGUGCGUGAGCCGGAGCAAAGAGUCCCAGGAGAUACUGAAACGGAUUGAGCGGGAAGCGACCUACACCUACAGCACCCUGACACUGCAGGAGGAACAGGCGGCCAAUGUGCUGUACAUCAACGGGACACUGGUCCAUCGGUUGGGUGAGGAGAUUCCACAGUCGGCAGCGAUAUUGUCACAGAAGCUGGACAUUCCAAGACAAACGGUUCCAAUGUCGGAGCUUGGCAAGUUUUCCAAUGGACUGACCGCGUGCUGUAUCCUCGUGAAGCGAUCCCGGCUCGUUAAAAGUCUAUAAGUAAAUAAGUGAAAACAAGUUUUUUUCUUUUUUGGUUGACAAAUUAUUUUUUUAUAUUAUCUAAUACCGUAAAAGUAUAUUAAACUAUUUAUUUUUGUUCUACUCGCCGACACGCUGAGUCUUGUGCUUUGUUAUGCUCACAUUUUGUACGCAGAGUAGAAAAUAAUAUUAGAGAGUUUGUUUACCAUUUCCUAAAUUUUACAUGAUAGGCAAAGUUUUUUCAAAUGUAUUAACACAAAAAUGUAUUCAUUCGUUUAGUAGGAAAAAAACUUUACUAGCUUAGGAAGUUUAAGAAACAAAUCUUCCCCCAACUAACACAGAACUGCAUAGUAUUUUAUUGAUUGUAUGUUGUUAUUUGUCUUACUUUAACAAAAAUUAAAAAAAAUAAUUCCGAAACGUUUUUUAAUCGAAAUUUGUUCAAUAGUGGUCAAUACUAGCCAUGUAUUCAUGCGACAAUAUACAAGCAUUAACUUUAGAUAACGAAAGCUGGUUGUGACUAAAUUGUCGUUGAGCCGCGAAAUCAAACCGUACGUACAUAUUGAAAGAAGAAACCUCAUUACCAAAACGACGUAGGCUCAAACACGGUAGUAAAGUGUCUCUAUAAUGCUCAACCCAAUAAUGUCAAGAAUCUCGUACAAUGCACUCUCUCAGUAAUCCGUAAUAAUGUAAUUCUCAACAGUCGACAGGAAACAUUCGCUACAAUCUUAGGCUACCGGUUUUACCCUGAGCAAAUUUAUCAUGGGCUUCGUUUGUUGGAUCGGUCGCCGAAUGUAGCACGGAACAAAUCAACAUAGGUUAGGAACACUGAAUCAGUAGUCGAAGAUCGAAAAAAUAACAAUAGAUCUUAUUUACACGUUUAAGCAAUUCCAAACAAUCGCGUAGCUUACGGAAUAGCCUUACCCAAUAAAAGCAUUAUAUCAAUCGA